AUGAUGGAAACAUGUGCCACGGUUUGUAACAGCGGCACUGCACCAUCUGCGGUCGACGCCAGUUCUUCUACCGCUUUGGAUGUUUUCGUCGCACAGCACUGGGACUCCCAGGAGGUCGGAUGCGACGUCCGUCAGCUCUCCAAAGUGCUGGAGCGGCCGCACGAACUGCUGCAGAGUGCCCAGCUUCAGCAGCAAGCCCUGCAGGCUUCCCUGCUGCAUGCCGAACAGUCGCUGCUGCAAUCGCGAUUGGUUCUAACGCAGCUGGCCGGGAAGUUGCAUCCGGCACCGACAGCCGCCGCUCCGGCUCAAGAGGCUUUCUCCGAGCCUGUUGUGACGGAGCAACUUGCAGACAUCAAGGGCGAGCCGCAGGGUCCGCUGGUUGCGGAGCCUCCUUCAUCACCGUCGGUGCGUUCGGAUUUCAUGCUGGGUCAGAUUGCGCAGCGGCGGGCGAAACCUACUGUCACUACUCACACUCUGCUAUCGCAGAUGGGGCAUUCUGAGGAGCUCCCAACUCUUUCGAGCGGGUGGUGGCACUUCGCGCAAGUCGUAUGCCGGCGUGCGGUGACCAGCACCCUCUUCGAAUUCCUGAUCCUGUCGGUGAUCAUCGGCAACGCGGCCGUCAUUGGCAUCGAAAGCCAGCUCGGCCUGACUGACCAGGUGCUGGAGUGGGCGCCUGCGGCAGAGAACUUCUUCCUGGUUGUGUACAGCAUAGAAAUCAUCAUGCGCUUGGUGGCGUUCGCUGGGAGGCUUCGCCAGACUUUCGACGGUUGGUUCGCAUUUGAUCUCCUCCUGGUUUUGAGCUCCUACCUGGAGCGACUCCUUGAACUCAUCUCUGGCGAGUCUGCAGAGCAGCUCAUGCUUCUAAGACUGUUGCGUUUGAUCCGCCUGGUGCGCACCUUCCGCAUGGUCCGGCAGGUGCGACCCCUGUGGCGCUUGGUGCAUGGUCUGCUCACAUCCUUGGACACGGUGCUAUCCACCUUCCUCUUGUUGGCACUGGUGCUCUAUGUGUUUGGAGUCCUCGGUUUGGAGAUCAUCGCAAGGAAUGCUAACUUUCAGCUGGAUCCCGUGACCAGCGCCAUCCUGGAGCGGAAUUUCAGCUCGCUGGGCAUGGCAAUGAUCACCUUGGCACAGUUUGUGACGAUGGACUCCAUCGCUUCCAUCUACCUGCCCUUGGUGAGGAUGCAGCCCUGGCUGAUGCUCUACUUUACCCUGCUCAUCUUGAUUGUUUCCAUCUCCGUCAUGAACCUUGUGCCUCUUCACGAGUUCAAGACAAUUAGCCUUUGUGUUGGGCUUGGUAGCUGA